AUGGAUGAGAACUACAAAGACCUGCAGGCGGCCCUGGCUGAGCCUUCCUACACUCCUGAAGAGGCUGAGCCUCCAGUCCAGGAGGAAGCCCUAGCUCCAUCUUCAGCACGCCCUCAGGGGACACUUCCACAUCCCGGGCAGGUUCCCAGUCAGCGUCCAAACCUGACUCAGGUCACAGCUGCACCUGUGGACCUGGACGUUUCCGGACCUCAGCAGCCAGAGCCAUCUGAGACAGGUUUUCCAUCACUGACUCAAAAUUCAGUGGUCUCAGCCCAGAGCAGAAGCUCCAGAGUGUGCCCCAUGCCAGAGCCCAACGCUCACAAUGGCACCUUCACGAUCUUAAAUUUCCAAGGAAACUCUAUUUCUUACGUUGAAGAAAAUACAUGGAAGUCAUACACUUGGGCUGAGAAACUAGAUUUAUCCUGCAAUAAAAUACAAUCUAUUGAAAGACGUACAUUCGAAUCACUACCUUUUCUGCAGUUUAUAAAUCUUGGUUGCAAUCUAAUUACAGAACUGAGCUUUGGAACAUUUCAGGCCUGGCAUGGAAUGCAGUUCUUACACACAUUAAACCUCAGUCUUAAUCCUCUGACAACUGUUGAAGAUUCUUAUUUUCUCAAAUUGAGAGCAUUAAAAUAUUUAGACAUGGGAAAAACCCAAGUGACACUUAAAACACUUGAGAGCAUCGUCAUGAUGAGCCCCAAGUUAGAAAAACUGAUUUUACCAAUCCAUAUGACCUGCUGCCUCUGCCAAUUUAAAAAUAAUAUUGAGGUUUUCUACAAUACAGUCAAGCUGCAUUGUGACAGUGAAUGUCUGACAAACAUCGCAUAUUGUGAUGAUGAAACAUCUAUAGGGAACCCAGAAGGGUCGUUCAUGAAGGCAUUACAAUCCCGGAGGAAGAGUAACAGCCCUGAGCUGACUAUCGAGCCAGAGAAGGCGGCCGCAGACAAAGAUGCCAUCAGUUGGUCAGCCUUCAAAAAUGAGCAAGAAGACUUUAGCAAGGAAAGUGUUGUUAGUGCACUAAGCUACAUAUUACCUUAUUUCUCUGAUGAAUAUCUGGAAGGUGCAGAAUCAGCACUAUUACAAUUCAUUAAUCAACUUCUUUCAAACCUACAAGGAGUAGAUGAGCCUGUGGGGCAUUUGCAAAACAACGUAGAGAACACUUCUCUUCCACCUGAAUCCAGCAUUUCAGCUUACAAAAAUAAACAGGGAAUAAUCUCUGUUCUGGAAGAUAUCAUAGAUGCCAUGCCUCUACGUUCCAAACUUCUGAAUCCCAGAUUUCACCCCCAAAUCUCCACCAAAACGUUGGAAACUGCCCAAUUACAAGAAAACAGCCCACCAGACAUUCAGAGAAUAGGGAGGAGGCUGGGGCCUUUGAAGGUGGUCAUCAAGGGCCCAAAGGGCAUUCGGGAGAGGCGACGCAGACAAAUGAGGAAGGCUGGCAUCAACGGGAAGCAGAGGGCCCAGCUCCUUGCGGAGAGCACGGCCGAGGAAAAAGGCAUCACGACCCCAUCCCCAAGGGCGCCGGAGCAGCCUCACGUGGAGCAGCCCCCCAGGGAAACCGCAGGAAGCUCCUUCAGCACAGAGUCUUCAUUCCGAGGGGAACAGGAGGCAGCCGUCCCUUCUGUCCAGUACUUGAUGGGCAGGCCUCCUGCUUCCAAUACUCCAAAAUCUCUACCUGAGAUUAAAUCAAAAUCGAAAGACCUAGCUGACAGUAUUUUUGUUUUAGAAGCUGCAAGUGCUGGAAUGAGAAAUAUGAAGGCUUCUGAACCAACCUCACACUUAAGAGAAAAUUACCUCUUUCCUGAAUCUUUGCGGCAUGCGGGUCACAAAAUACUCAAGGACAAAAUGAGUAGACAGUUCAGCAAUAAAGGUUCACACAAUAGCCCGAUGGUUGUGAACAAGCCUCCACUCACUGCAGUGAGCCUUAUAAACUCCCCUUCACAAGAGGCUUUUUCAUCAUCAGAACUGACUUUUCAGAAAAAUAAUUUUCCAGAUUUGUUUUCUCUUUUGGAUCCAACUCUCAAACUGACCACGGAAACACAACAGGAACAUGACAGUGUGGGCACUGGCUUACCCUCCACAUCCACAGCCUUCCCUUUCCCAGGGAGCUCAACUGCAGGUGACCACCCCGAAGCUCAGCUAAACGAGCAGCUGCGGUCCCUCAUCACCGACAGUGAUGUGAGAAGGCUCAUUUCUCGUGUUUGCUGGACUUUGAAAACGGGCUGCUCGGAGACCCACCUGAAACCAGCCUGUGCCAAGCUCAUCUUCCAAACUGGCCUCCUGAUGAAGCUUCUCAGCGAGCAUCAAGAAGCAAAGGAGCCCAGGGCAGACUGGGAUACAGACCAGUGGGAAACAGAAAACUACAUCCACGGGAGUCCAGAAGCCCAGAGUGAACAGGAAGAGCAGGAGUUCCGUGAGUUCCCAAAAGUUCUGGUGCAUGGGUAUCAAAUCAAAGUCAUCUUGGCAUUGUCAAUGACAGGAGCAGUGCUGGUGUUGAUUACAGCUUUCUGUCUCAUUAAGGUAAGGACAAUUAGUUCAGGCUUCCAGAGGAUAAUCUGUCUUUAGAUUCAGAGUCCACAAACUGAAAAUCAAAGCCUCUCUCCCACCUCUUACUACUUGAUAUUCCUUCUUAGUCACCAGGACCGACAUAUGCUUUAUUCUCUUCCUGCAAAGUAUAUGCCAGAGACUUUUAAAGGAACCCCCCUUGCCGGAGAUCUCUGUGGAACUGACACCAGAUAAUGAGCCAUUAGACUGUUUUGAGAGGUUUAAGAAGGCCAGAGUUGACAUGACAGUAAAGUAUCUUCAACUCAAAACUAAGUCGAUUUGACAUCAGUCAUUCUUUCUACCACUGAUUUCUUUCCUUGUUGAC